GUCCACUUUCAAAUACAAUUGAUGGGGUUUCUGUUACUCACACACCAAUUCCAGCAUCACCUCUAUUGAGUGAGCGUUGUUCCCACCGUUUAGGGUUUCUUCAUUGACCACCACAGAUGGCCAAUUACAUCCAUUAUGGAUUUGACAAGCCAGGUUGCUAAAGAUGUUAAUUCCAGUCGUGAAUCGCUGAAGCGAAAGCAACAAGAAAAGCUGAGUUAGAAGAGCUCAAAGAGUACUGGAUUUAGAGAGGAAACUGGAGUAGAACUUGACAACCAAAGCGCUUUAGGGACUGACUGAAGUUGCGGCGUCUGGCUGGGCGCGCCUCCGGCUUCCAUGGAGCUGGAGGGGCAGUGGUGGCGAGGACAGCUGGCUGCGGAUAUUCACCAGGCGCUUCGGUACAAGGAGCUGAAGCUGCCUUCUUACAAGGGCCAGUCUCCUCAGCUGAAUCUCAGGCGGUAUUUUGCUGAUUUGAUCGCCAUUGUGAGCAAUCGCUUCACACUCUGCCCUUCUGCCCGACAUCUUGCAGUCUACUUGCUGGACCUGUUCAUGGACCGCUAUGACAGCUCCAUCCAGCAGCUGCAUUUAGUUGCGCUCUCCUGUCUGCUUCUGGCAAGUAAAUUUGAAGAGAAAGAGGACAGCGUGCCUAAGCUGGAGCAGCUCAACAGCCUGGGCUGCAUGACUAAUAUGAACCUGGUGCUGACGAAGCAGAACUUGCUGCACAUGGAGCUCCUGCUCCUGGAGACCUUCCAGUGGAACCUCUGCCUUCCCACGGCUGCCCAUUUCAUUGAGUAUUACCUCUCUGAGGCAGUACACGAGACGGACCUUCAUGACGGCUGGCCGAUGGUUUGCCUGGAAAAGACUAAACUUUACAUGGCCAAGUAUGCAGACUACUUCCUGGAAGUGUCUCUGCAAGAUUAUGCCUUUCUAAAUUAUGCACCUUCUUUAGUAGCUGCUGCAUGUGUGGCUUCUUCGAGAAUUAUCCUUCGUCUGUCUCCAACAUGGCCCACAAGACUGCACCGUCUCACUGCUUACUCCUGGGACUUCUUGGUGCAGUGUAUUGAGCGGCUGCUGCUUGCUCACGACAAUGACGUGAAAGAAGCAAACAAACAGAGGGGACAGUCGGCUCCUCAGUCAGCACAGCUGACUGUGUUGCAGACAGCGCAGCCCUCACGGCCAGCUCACUUCCAGCAGCCUCAGUAUCUUCAUCAGCCCUCCGUGCAGUAUCGACAUCCUGUGUCGGAACAGCCGAGCCGUCAGCAGAUUGUGUCUGCCACACACGCCUCGUCUUACACGCUGCAGACUUGUCCUGCCGGCUUUCAGACCAGUGUUCAGGGCCUUGGCCACAUGCAGACUGGUGUUGGGAUGUCCCUGGCAAUACCAGUGGAAGUUAAACCCUGCCUCAGUGUCUCCUAUAACCGGAGUUACCAGAUAAACGAGCAUUUCCCAUGCAUUACCCCAUGCUUUGAGAGGUGAUGACGUAUGUGUGCGGGUCAUAGAUAACCCGGACGGUGCUGAGACGGAGAGCUCUGGAGCAGGCUCAUGUACUCCUCUUCAGAAGGAAAGGAUGCAAAUAGUACCACAGAGCAGCGGCCCAGCACCAGAAGACUGAGUGUCCCUUUCAGUACCAUGAGUACCUAGGAGGACUUGGCAAGUAGUGACAUGUGUCAAAUCCUAUGUGACAGAAAUGUCCCAGUCCUUGGCUGAUGGUCCAAAUAUUUCGAAAUGCUCAAUACAGCAGAAAAUUUGCCAUUCUAAGAUUUGACCUGUGGUGGGCUUUGGCCUUAUGCUGGCAUACAUGUCAAAGACUUAGUGUUUAUCUGUGGACUUGCCAAACCAUCUUCUAUGAAGGAAAGUUACAGUAUUAAUUUUUGAAGAAUUGUUUUAAUCCUGCAGCUCAGAGUUUUGUGACCUACUGGUAGGUUUCUAAAUUCAAACUCAUCGGUUGCUAAGUAUACUAAUCUGUGCAGUUAAAAAAUCCAUAUGAUUUUAUAUAACUUCAUAUCAUAAAUAUAGGUGCUGGAUUUAUAUACUACAGUUAGAGGCGAAGCAGAUACAUACCUUGAAAUCAUGGUCAUAAUUUUGUUUUGCUCUGCUACCUUUCCCCCUAAGUGAUCAGCCCCGAUUCUUCAGGGUUUAGCACAUCUAACUCAGGGAACUUGUAGUACUUGGAAACACUUAGUUGUAACCAACAUGCCUUGAGAAUGUUAGGACAUGAACUACCUGUGUAAGGCUGCAGUGCCCCUGCUGGGAUGAACUAGAUCAUAGCACAGGAUGAACGACAUGGGUCCUGAGUUCGUGCAUGGACGGCGUGCGCAUCACGCAGUGCAGUCAGAGGCCUGUACUCAGAUUGGUUGUCGCUCGUAAGACAGUGUUCAGGAGAAGGCCUCCUGGAAAGGGUCAGUGCUAGAGUGGAGUCUGGUAGGAUUGUUCUGGAGUUGAGGGUGGCUAGGGUCGUCCUCAGGUCGGGCUGGUGCAGCACUUUGUGGGGAGGGUGGUUCUUGAGCACCCUUGGGAUCCAGAAAGUCAGGGCAGGGCAUUGACUCCAAUAGCUGCUUUCUGUGGUUGACUGUAACUACCCAGGGACAACUCACUGUACUGGGCGUGAGUGAAACAGCAACAGUAGUCCUAGCAAGGGCGACCUGGCUGUGAGGUACCGUCAGGAGGUGGGGAGGACAGACGUGAGAACCGACAAGCUGUGAGUCUGGUGUACUCUUACCAUGGAAGAGCAGAGAGCUGGUGGAGGGAGACUUCCUGGCUUAAGACGAGUCAGAUGUGUGUGUUUUUAUAAGAGAGCACUUGAAUAGAAGGGAGACUGUGGCCGCUGAGAGACCACAGUGUCUAUGAUGAGAGCUCACUGUAAAGAUGUGGGUGUGCAGCAGGAGUCAGUGGCCUUUGCUGGGAAGGGAAGGGCAGGGCAGGGCAGGGCAGGGCUCCACAGCGUGGUGGACUGAGAGAGGAAGCUCCGGUGGAGAAGUGCGGUGGGUAGCUUCUGCCAACAGGAAUUCUUAGAGAAAUGUUUUCCUUAAAAGGAAGCUAACUUUUAUAUUUAGCGUACAUAAGGCAUGGUGUGGACUUACUACUAGUCAGUGAUGAAAACCACUCAGGUAAGAACACUCGUGAAUGGUUUUCAAGCGUGAAAACUGUUGUAGGAACGUAUCGCUUUUCCUCUUUAAAAUGGCUGCUAAUUGGAUUUUAUAACUCUUAAGAAAACUUGAAUUAUUAGGAGGAAGUAGGUUCAAAAGAUAAUGUAUCUUUCACGUUCACAGAUAGAGCCCAGCAACAUGGAGUCCAGUUUUCAGUGUUGUAACUACCUCAGUAAUGCUAUGAAUGUAAGAGAUUGGGAUAGAAUCCUAACUUGAAGCAACAGUCAGUGCCUGUGGUAACUUAAUGUCCUGUCAGUGCUUUUAUUGAUUGGUUAUGUGUCAUUCUUGUUGUCAAAGAAGACUUGCCUUUUUUAAAAAGCUUAUUAACACUUUCCAGUUUAUAUUUAAAAGCUAAAGAACACUGGAUUAAUCCUUCUGGGGGUGGAGUCAAAUAAUUCAUGACUAUUGCUGCAUGCCCAGAUGGGGAGGCUGGAGAAUCAUGACUGUUUCUAAAAACAGCAGGAUUCGAUAUAAAUGCAACUCAACGACAGUUAGCUGGGGGGUGGGAGUGUGUGGGUUUCAUUUUGUUUAAUUUAUUAAUUAGUCUUAAAGGUUUUUUUCUGUUUUGUUUUGAGAUUACUGGACCAUCAUUAAAUGUGUACUGUGAAAAGAUUAAUGAUGUGUGUAAAGGACUUAACCAGAGUCCAUGAAAUAAACACUAUUCAAGUACAAAAUGCAAACCAAAAUAUCUGUGCUCUGACUAACUACACACAGUGAGUAUGGUGCUGGGUCUACACAGCAGGGUCUACACAGCAGGGUCAGUGAGUGCUGUGCACUUGAUUUUAAAAUAAAAGUAAUUUUCACUAAAA